CGACGACCAUCAACCUCGAACCGACUCCGUCUCCUAUUCUCUCCCUCUCUACGUUGAGGUGACCCGUUCUGCGAGCCCGACCCUCUUCUCCUGUCCAGGUUCAGCAACCCAUUUCCUGCUGACCUGACUGCCGCUUCGUUUUGCCUGCACCCCUGCUCCUCCUCCUCGCGUAUUGUUCCAAGUUAUACAUCACAUCACAUCACUCGGCCAGGCAGGUCGAGCAUACCGGCACACAAAGCCUCUGGCCUGUUCCACACCUGCGGCCGUCCUAUCUCAUCAGAGCCCUUGAGAGCCCAUUCUCGCGACCCCCUUCGCAUUCUGUCUGUCCGUUCCUCUUGGACGCCAGUCAGCCAGUCAGUCAGUGAACGACAGACUACUUCUACUCCUACCGCCCACCUCUCUGCAUCUCUUCGCCGCGCCUCGGCCCUCUCACAACCAUGGCAACCAGGCCCAGUUUGAGCAUGUUCACUCGAGGUCUUUCAGGCCUUUCCCAGGCGCAGGACCCGAACUCGCCCAACGUGAACUCCCCCGCCGAGCAAAGGGCCGACUCCAAGCUUGGCUUCCUUAAGGCUAUGCGGCCUCUGCCCACCCAGCACGUGUGGAACGUCUACUUUGAUCGGCAGCAAAAGGACCAGAAGAAGACCGAUGAUGGGCAGAACUACCAGGCCCAGCUCGAGGAGCUCGACAUCUUGAUUGAGUCCGUCCAGGACUUCUGGCGCUACAAUAACAACACACCCGUCGACCAGAUCAAGAUGCGCGAGUCCAUCUACCUGUUCAAGAAGGGUUUCAGGCCUAUAUGGGAGGACAGGCGCAACAUCCUGGGCGGCAGCUGGACUUUCCGUGUGGGCAAGAACAACGGGCCCGACUUCUGGACGAGGGUGCAACUCAUGGCCAUCGGAGAGCAGCUGCAGGCUGCCCUGGCCGAGGGUGACCAAAUUUGUGGCGUAGGCCUCUCGGUCCGCUUCAACUCCCACCUGAUCACCAUUUGGCACCGCGACUCGUCGAAACAGAAGUCCAUCGAUGGCCUGCUUGAGUGCGUGCUGGGCGAGCUGCCUCCAGAGCUGACACCCAAGCCCGACAACUAUUUCUAUAAGAGGCACUGCGACCACCCCGGCUUUGAGCCGCCUCCGGAGCUGAAAGCCGUGCUGGAUUCUCACAACGCGAGGGUGGCUGUCGAGAAGGCUGCCGCUGAGAAGGCGCUCGCUGCCGAGGCUGCCACGCCCAUCUCGACGGUGCCAGAAGAAGAGUCGAUCGACGGGGAUGGUGCGAAUGGGACGCAUAGUGAUGCCCCCGCGGUGGCAGUGACAACGUCGCAGGCUGCAUGAGAUGAUCAACGACAGCAUUUGCUUUCCCGGAUUGAUCCACAACGAAGACACUGGCUCCCGAUCACCGGGGCCGGCAUGACGACCACCAAUUCAUACAGGAACAAGGCUGCAUAAUCUCUGGCGUUUCUCGUACCACAUGGGUUGCCCUACAAUGGCUGGCUUGAUCAGGACGCCCCAGCAGAUGGUUCCAUGGGUGCUGUCUCUCUAUCCCUCUUUCUCCUCAGACCAGGGUCAAUAGUCAUACAAGGGGACUGUAUUUUUUUAUUAUCAAUUUUUUAUAUAAAAGGAACUAUCUAAAUGGCAUGUUAUCAUGAUUCC